AUGGCUCCUCACCGUCCCAGGACCCCCGUCCUCCCCACAUCUUCCGCAUCCGGCGACCUGCACGCGACAGAUACCCAAUUCCGGAACCAAGUCGGACAAGAAGACGACCCUCUGCCUGACCAUGUGUCCCUAAGCCAUUCGUCCUCUUCGCAGUCCCUGCAAAGGGCGUCAGAGCACUUCAUCUCCUCCUCCUUGCCCGAGAGCAUCCCCGAGUCCCCCACGCCGACCCAAGACCUGGAAACCCUCACCCUGUCGUCCACUCGCAACUCAGCUGCGGAUCUGAAUGACCUGGACGAAAAUUCAGAGACCCCUCGCCUCAUGCCUGGUGUGAGCCACGACAACCUCCAUCACUCCAACCUCCCUCACCCUGGGAUGACUGCUGGCUCCUCUCUGUCUGACGCGGACAAGCGUCUGUCCAUGUCUUCCCUCGCGUCCUUCGCCUCGAAUCGGGGCAUCAUCCCCAGCUCUGCCGCCUCUGCUAACGGCUCGGACGCCGGGACCGUCCCGACUCGUACGAGAAAUCUUGUCAAGCUCCCGAGCAAGUCUUCCAUUUCCGAUGCAGUGGCUAGCGGCGCCCCCAUUCCGCCCGCCUCCUCCUCUCCCUCCUCCGCCAACUUUCCGCUGCAGCAAGGAGACAUCCCGUCCAACCGUCGGACUUCGGGUCAGAAAGGGGAUCCUGCCCAGCGACCCCAACCCCACCGCUCGAGAAGCCGCGCCCAGCAUCGAUUCAGCGGCUCCCACAAUACCAACACACACAGUCCAGCGAGCGAUCGAAGCCCCAACCAAAAGGAUAAGGAAGAAACUAAGCGAGCCUCGUACGGUGUUAUCGGAAUCUGCGCUUUGGACAUCAAGGCGAGAAGCAAACCGAGUAGAAACAUACUGAACCGGUUGAUUGAAAACAAUGAGUUCGAUAUCGUCGUCUUUGGCGAUAAAGUCAUUCUUGAUGAGGACGUGAGCCGUGAUGGCGGACCGGCGCUGCUGACGCCCGAGGUUGCGAAGCAUAUCCGGGAUAUAUCCGGCGUCUCCCUGGAGCCCGUCAAACCCGCAAGCGUACCCUCCCCAAAGAUAGUCGAGCUUCUCGAGAACGGCGAUGUCUUGAGCGUUGAUGGUGUUACCCUGAGGAAGCCCUUUGUAGAGAAGCCUACCAGUGGCGAGGAUCACAACAUCAUCAUUUACUUCCCCAAAUCCUCGGGCGGAGGCGCAAGAAAGCUCUUCCGCAAAAUUGGCAACAAGAGCUCCGAGUAUGUGCCUGAUCUAGAUGUGCCUCGUGCCAUCACUCAACCAACCGAGAGCUACAUCUACGAAAAGUUCAUGCAAGUCGAUAAUGCCGAGGACGUAAAGGCGUACACAGUUGGGCCCACGUAUUGCCAUGCCGAAACGAGGAAAUCUCCCGUUGUCGAUGGCAUCGUCCGCCGCAAUACACACGGAAAGGAGAUCCGCUACGUCACCGCCCUUAGCCCGAUGGAGAAGGAUAUUGCGAGCAAGAUAUCACUCGCCUUUGGCCAACGCGUUUGCGGUUUCGAUUUUCUCCGGGCAGACGGCAAUAGCUACGUAAUUGAUGUUAAUGGGUGGAGCUUUGUCAAGGAUAAUGACGACUACUACGAUCGUUGCGCAGGCAUACUGAGGGAUAUCUUUUUCAAGGAGCGCGUGAGAAGGGGUGCACCAACUCCAAUCCCCUCUCCUUCUGCCUCGGACAUUCCUGAUCCGCUAUCUCGCUCAUCCAUGACCUCUCGGGAUAGGGACUUUGCCCGCCCCACGGGAAGCGCCGGGACUGCCGCAGGGAGCAAAAAGAGCUUGGACAUCCGGGGCAACGAAGGACAGCCCGGAACAAGCUUCACCGUCCUCAAAACCGAACCAGCUACGUCGAGCCACAAGAUGCAGGCUUCGACAGCAUCCAUCAUUCUGUCUCAAGAGUCCACUCUCCCCGGGUCGCUCUCCGCAGCCCCUUCCAUCAUCUCUGCGGCUACUUCUGCACCCGUAGACCCCGAGCAAGCCCAGGGCGAAGAACAGCAUACAGCACCACCCCCACCAAAGCACUCAUGGAAACUCAAGGGCAUUGUCUCGGUCAUCCGCCACGCCGACCGGACCCCGAAGCAAAAGUACAAGUUCACUUUCCACACAGAACCUUUUAUCCGCCUCCUCAAGGGCCAUCAAGAAGAGGUGCUUUUGAUCGGGGAGCCGGCGCUGGCGAGUGUAAAACAGGCUGUUGAUAUUGCUGAAUCAGAGCAGAAAGAAGACCCUGCUAAGCUCAAAGCUCUUCGUAUGAUCUUGGAGAAGAAGGCGGCGCUUGCUGGAACCAAGGUCCAGAUCAAGCCCAUGUUCCGGAAACAGAGCUCCAAGGAUGCUCAGGCGUUCGACGAGAUUGCCACGAUCCAAGAAGGCGUCGAGUCUGAUGUUCAGGGCAGCCAGUCGGAACGCGAGAUUGAUGAGAACGGCAAUGUAAGGCGGAGCGCAAAGAGGCAAGACUCCCUCUCCGGGGUGACCAUGUCGAGAAUUACUGCUGCCGAGAAUAGUCUCGUCUUGGACAAGCUUCAGCUCAUUGUCAAAUGGGGAGGCGAGCCCACCCAUGCGGCAAGGUACCAGGCGCAGGAGCUUGGUGAGAAUAUGCGUAACGACUUUAAGCUUCUGAACAAGGAGCGCGCAGAUCUGGGCCUCUGCAUUUCUCAAAAGAAGGACCUUGGGGAAGAUUUUGUUGCCGUUCGCAAGGACCUUCUCGACGAUUCCAACGCGGCAAAGGACGAGAUGGACAAAGUAAAGAAGAAGCUCAAGGGCCUCCUCAGGGAGGGGAACGCGCGCCCCUCGCAGUUCGCCUGGCCGGACAAGACUCCAGAGCCCUCCGAGGUGCAAAAGCGAGUCGUGCAAUUGAUGAAAUUCCUACGGCGAGCAAUGCAGUACAACUACCAGAGGCUUAACAGUACGACCAUCCCGGAGGCCGAAUCUUUCUCGUCUUCAAGUCAACCAGCCGAAAAACUACCGACCGAGGCACCGCCAGCCACCUCUACUGCAUCAAGUGAUAAAUCAUCGACCAACCUCAACGGCAUCCAGUCCCGAUGGUGCUGCGGCGAAGACGCCGUGCUCUUCAAGGAGCGGUGGGAAAAGCUCUUUGCCGAGUUUUGCGAUGGCGAAAAGGUAGACCCCAGCAAGAUCUCCGAGCUCUACGAUACGAUGAAGUUUGAUGCCCUGCAUAACCGCCAAUUCCUAGUGUGGAUGUUUACGCCCCCGACCUCAAUGCUUGAGGAGGAAUACGGCGUCAUGAAAGAGCCAGCUCAAUCCAAGACACCGCCGGACAGCAAGGCGCCGGAGGAUGUGAAGCGAGACAAAGACGGCCAAAAGAGUGCUUCCUCUACCCCAUCCCUGCACACGGAAAAGUCUGACAAAAGCAAGGGAGGAGAAAAACUACCCAACCGGGGCAGUCCAGUCAGCCGAGCGAGAAGGUUGAUAAACAGGAAGGUGGCUCCAACGCAACCUGAACAGUACUUCCGCCUAUACAAGAGUAACCCGCUCGUGACGAAGCAAAAGCCAGAUGUCCGCCUCGAGCCUCUCCGUGAGCUCUACCAACUUGCUAAAAUUCUGUUUGAUUUUAUCUGUCCUCAGGAGUACGGCAUCUCCGACAAGGACAAGCUCGAGAUCGGGCUUCUAACCUCUUUGCCUCUCUUGAAGGAGAUAGCACAAGAUCUUGAGGACCUGCAGGCCUCGGAUGAUGCCAAGUCUUUCUUUACUUCACCAAGGAAGACCAAGAUUAGCCGAAGCACCAUCCCAGAACUCGACUACCUCUCUCAGAUCUGUUUCGAGCUUUACGAGUCGGAGACGAAGGCUGCGGAGGAUGCCCCUCCUGGGGAUGAUGAACCAACGUUUACCUACUCAAUCAAAAUCACCAUCAGUCCCGGAUGUCAUGUCCCGGACCCGCUUGAUGUACAGCUCGAUAGCAGGCACUGCAUUAGCUGCGCGCCGCGUCGGACCCUUACAGCGCAUGCCGACUGGUGGAAGGUGAUCAAGACGCUACGAGCCAAGUUCAACCAGGUCAAACUGCCUAAGAGCUUCAUCGCCGUCAAUCUGUCGGAUGCCUUCACGUUUGAGGAGCAGGACAAUACGGAAGACGAGUCGGAGCACGCGAACACCCUUGCGAAUAGCACGGCAGAGAUUGAACCGCAGAAUGAAUCUUCUCUGCCAGUCGCAGAUGUAGAGGCGCCGAGCCAGCCAUCGGACGAGGUCCAGAAGGAGGCGGCCAACCCCGAUUUGUGA